CAUCUUUUGUCAUAUGCUUUCUGGAACACUUAACGUAACCAUCAAAAGAGAUAGUUUAGUCCGAAAUGAGCUGGAGACCAGAGUUGGUUUGCAAAAAUUGCAUGAUUGCAUUGCAUCUGCCUGUGUGAAUUUCCUUCCUUCUUCCUCCGGCAAGAGUAGUGGUUGGUCAACACUUCUCAAGCGCAUCUAUCUUGUGCUGGAGAAGAGCAGAAGGGUAGUCUUGAAGUCUUGGUCCGCUCCUACCUCCUCCGAUCAGCUCCCUCCUGCAAUCCGUGGAGGCCAGAGUCACAUGGCUCAUGGGUUUCAGUAUGGCGUACUCUCUCCAGUUGUUGGACUCUUUGUGAAUGAGAUAUGGGAGCCGAUCAAGAAGCACUUUGGUUACUGUCUCAAGCCUGGAAGCAAAGUUCGUAAACUGGCAAGAGCCGCUGAUGGUUUAAAAUCCCACAUUGAUACUAUUGAUGAACAAAUUCAGUUGGGCAAGAGACCAAGGGAUUCAACAAAAAGUUGGAUCGGGAGUGCAAAAUCGAUAGAAAAUGAAUCAGUCAGAAUCAAGAAUGAGUAUGAAGAAAGGAGAAUAUAUAUGUUUGGUUGCUCCUGGAAUUGUUUAUUUAACUACCGGAUUGGUCGUGCUGCCAUAAAGAAGAAGAAAGAAGUUGAUGAACUGAUGGAGAGACCUCCGCAGAAUGAUGGGAUCUUCAGUUUGCUACCACCAGUUGGCAAAGAGCUUCCUCUGCCGCCUAACAUUGUGGGGCAAAACAAGUACAUGGAGGAGAUAGUUGCUUGCAUCGAACAAGGCACCACCACCUUCAUUGGCAUAUGUGGCAUGGGAGGGGCUGGCAAAACUACUCUCCUUAAGCAAUUAAACAACGUGUUCAGCUGCACUGCAGAAAUGCACAAAUUUGAUCAUGUCAUUUAUGUGGAAAUUGAUCAGCAACCGAAUCCCGCUACAGUUCAGCAGAGCAUCGCAUCCCAGCUUGGCCUGACGCUAGGACAGGAUGAGAGCACCACAGCUAGAUCUGCAUCUCUGUACAACUUCUUGAAGGAAAGGAAGUUUUUAUUGUUGGUGGAUAACCUUUGGCAACCACUGGACCUAGUGAAGGUCGGGAUACCACAAGGUUACAUCCAAAUCGGACCUCAAAAUAGGAAUAUGGUCGUAGUCACAGCACGUGAUCGACAGAUGUGUCACAGGAUGCAAGCACAUAAUCUAGUGAUUACGUUACAAAGUCUGAGGUCUGAUGAAGCCUGGAGUCUCUUUGAGGCGAAUGCGGGCUGCAACAGACUAACCAACAGCAGUCUUCAAAUUAGAGGUUAUGCUGAGGGUAUUGUGGACAAGUGUGGAGGUCUUCCACUUGCUCUUAAGGUAGUUGGUCAGGCUAUGGCGAUGAAAGAAAGCGAGCAUGAAUGGAAACACGCUGUGAUGUUGCUACGACAGUCUCAAUUCCACAAAGUUCCAGAUGCAGAAAGUAACCUAUUUCCUAUACUGUAUAUUAGCUACGACCACCUUCCAGAUGUCAGGACAAAGAAAUGUUUUCUUUUCUUUGCCUUGAAUGGAACAAAAUAUUAUAAUUACUCCAAUUAUUUGAUAGAUUUAUGGAUGGGACAUGGAUUACUUGAUGAAGAAGAUGACGAUACCAAAAACUGCUAUCUGAGAGGUCACUCUGUUGUUGGAUGUUUAAAAAGAGCUUGCUUGUUAGAAGAACAUCCUCGAGGGGAAAUUUAUCUGAGAAUGCAUGAUAUGAUCCGAGGCCUAGCUCUUUGGAUUGUAGCAGAGCAACAAGGCGAUGGAUGUAACAACAAGUGGCUAUUACAUCACAGUGAAGAACCAGACGAGUGGAGCAAGUCCCAUAGGAUUUCCCUUUCACGUGUGAGUGAUGUGAAGAUCCUUGAUUAUUGCAGUUGCCCUGACCUAUUAACUCUCGUGCUGGACUAUUGCUGGACGAUUAGCAAGGUUCCUGUAGGCUUUUUCACAGAUGCUCCAUCUCUCACCUACUUGAAUCUAAGUUAUACUAAUAUUCAAGAACUCCCGUCAGAUGUUGGAGCACUAGUGAAUUUGCGGCACCUUGAUCUUUCAUACACUUGUAUACAGUCGAUCCCAAUUGAGAGUAAACUAUUGAAAAGUUUGAGGUACCUAUAUUUAGGGUUUACAGCUGAGCUGACAUAUAUCCCAGAUGGGAUAAUAUCUGCACUAGGUAUGUUGAGGGUCCUCGAUUUAUACUAUAGUGCUUGUCUCCCAGAGCACAAAACACAUGCACUUAUUAAGGAGCUUGAGAGUUUGACAAGGUUACAAUUUCUUGGGUUCACAGUGGCCGAUACCACUUCACUUCACAGGUUGCUCGAUCUUUCUAAAGCCUCCCUGAAAUCCCUUCAUAUAAAAAGUGUGAACGGCUUGCAGAAUCUCAACCUUUGUCCCAGAAUUGUUAGCAAAAUGAGGGCACAUCAACUCGAGAUAUUGGCAGUAAGUGGCAUAGAAAGUUUGGAGGAGUUGCUGGUUGGUGGUGAAAACGAUGUGGAUUCAGAUUGGCUCUUCCAAAGUCUUGACCAGCUUCAAUUGGUCGACCUCAAAAAAUUGGUAGGCAUCGUUCGGAAAGGUGUGAGGCCUCGUGCUUGCCUACCCAAACUUAGAUUUUUGUUGUUAGAUGGCUGCCACAGCAUCAGAUCAAUCACGUGGGUCAAGCAUUUGCCCUGCCUAGAAGAAGUUUGUGUGAUUGACUGCGAUUUGAUAUCGGAGUUAGUGACCGAUGAUGACGAGGAAGUUGCCAUGUCAUCUGCUAUGGCGUCAUUCCCUCGUCUCAAGUUACUCGGACUAAGUCACCUCACAAACCUGAAGAACAUAUGUGACAGCACGCUCGGAGUCGCGAGCUUGCAGCGCUUCCUUGUGUACAAUUGUCCCAUGCUAACAAAAUUGCCAUCUGGGUUACUGAAAGAAGAUCAUGCGCCAUUGAUACUCGGACAACAGUACUGGUGGGAUCAACUAGUCUGGGAUGAUGGUAGCACCAAAUCUACUUUAUUCCCAUUCUUCAGAGAACUGCCUGCAGAUUUUCAAGGACGAGACAGCGUAGAUGUUUUCAGUGCGUUAGUCGGGUAGGUGGCACCAUGUAAACUUAUUGGAAGGCACAUCGAGUAGCUCACAAACGGGUCCAUGCAUGGUUCCCCCCUCUCAUGCCAGCAUCCUGAUAUGCAUCGCUAGAAGAGCAAUGUUCUGAAGGUUGCCGGCUAUUUUCUCCUGGUGUGGUUAGUCCUGGGCGAGGUUGUUUGUUGGCCUCACCGUGUUAUUUGUACUCUGCCUUAGACUUUGGCAUUUGGCGAUGGUGUCAGUGCUAUGCUACACCGUGUAAUAACCUUGGUUUGUCGA